GGACGCGCAACAGCGCCGAGGAUGCAGUGGGGCUGAGAGGGUCGCUGCGCAGCUAGAGCGCGCAUUACGGUAGAACGCUGGACCAGAUCCUGGUGCCGCAGCAGCAGGAGAGGCAGCAUUAGAAGGAGCCGAGCAUCCCAUUCCCAGGAGCCAGCGCCCCCCCACCUCCAGCCAUGGCCAAGGAGCGGCCGGAGAAAGCCGAGGAGACCGAGCAGAUGAUCGAAAAGGAAGGAGCCAAGGAAGGCCUGGAGGCCACGGCAGCCGGGGAUGGCAAGGAUAUGAGAGCCGUGCUCCUCUCUGGCUUUGGGGGGCUCAACAAGCUGAGGGUGGCCCGAAAAGUCAUGCCCGAACCCCAAGAGGGCGAGCUGAAGAUCAGAGUCAAAGCCUGGUCCGUUACCCCUUUAUUAUUCCAUCAGGGACCCCUUAGUAUUCAAUGGGCGGAGGUGCAGGGGUUAAAUCCACCCUUUUCAACUCUCUGGCAGCGAGGGGGUUAAGCAAUUGGGAGGCUUCUGGUGGUGAAAGGGUUACUUUGUCUUUGAUAGCAUGGACUGGAUGGGAGCUAGUCAGUUAAUUUAAAGGGUGCCACCCUGGUGGUAAGUGCUGUCACCCACUGGGUGUGAACCCUUGCUUUAACAGGUGCCAUUGUGGGUCAACGUACUUGAUACAGUCUGUUGGUUUCCAUGGCAAUUGCUCCUAAAUUAGCACUUUGCUUCAGAUUUUCUUAUUUGUAUUUAUUAAUUGUUUUGCCUUGAUGCACAUUCGCCCUAAGUGUUUUGCUUUUUGGUAUGUUGUCAAGGGACCUUGUUUGUUUACUGUGGUCAUUAGGGGCAGUGAUUGGGUUAAUGGAUUGAAUUUUCUUUCUUAACCUGUUGAUUGUGCUUCCCACAGCAAUAUUUAUAUCUGGUUUUAAUUAAUUCUACAGUAGAGUUAAUCAAAAGCUGGAAUCCCAGCUGUAAUUCAUCUAUAGCAAUGCAUCUUGGGAAUUAUAGUCUUUCCCCCCCCCCCUUUGUAAUAUUUUGAAUGUCAGAGUUUUAAAAUAUACUGCAAACACUAUAUAUAGGCAAUGGUAAAGGACACCAAUAAUCCUUUUAAAACUAAAAGGUUGACUUACAAGAUGGGAGUUUUAGUGCUUUUUUUUUUUUUUUUUGUACCAAUGUAUUGAAAUAUGCUGCUGUACUCUAUUGGGUUAACUUGUUUAACAGGCUCGGGUCACAUUUAACCACUAAUUAAAGGGACACUUCAGACCUCUAAAACAUUUUAUGUUGCUGAAAUGCAUAAUGUGUGAAGAGUGUCCUCUCUUUUUCCAUCUUACAGAAAGUGCAGAUUUCAAUAGAAAUUGACACUUUUAUAAAUUAACCUUGUUACACCCCUCUGGUUGUCAAUCAGAAAAUUGGUCAUGUUACUUCCUGGUUUGUUUAGCUCAGUGGAGCAAUUUCCCAGAGCACCUGCUGUCUCUCAGGUUUAUUUACUACAGUAGUUUUCAAAUUUUAGACAAAAAUAGCUAAACGGAAGGCAAAACGAGUAAGACUUUUUCCAAUAAAACUAUAUUGACCUUAAAUUUUAAGUAUCUCUCCAAAUAUUCACUUUAUUGAAUUACCUGCAUGAUUGAGCAGCCUGGGCACAGCAAGUCUGGAGUGGUUUAGGAGAGGGCUUGCAAAGGUUUUAAGUUGUUUCUAGAAAUCCCCUCAAUGAAAUAAUGCAUACUGAAAUGCAUGCAUGUUCUCAUUGGGAAAAUAUCCACUAAAGUGAUGUUUGUUUUAUUUAUUUGGCCAAUUGGAGUCCCCCUUUAAUUUAAAUUGGGUACAUGGGAGACUGAGGGGUUAACAAUUGGACUAUCAUAGCAGGAGAUUCCAUACAUGUUACCAUGUAUAACGUGUGUGUGUGUGUUGUAUUAAAUAAUCAGAAUAACGUUUAGGAAUUUAAACUUUAAAUUUGGAAAUGCUUUAUUUUAUUUUAAAAACAGAACCUUGUGGUCCAGGCAUAGAGGGUAAUUAUUUGAUGCAGGCAUAUUACUGUGUAGGCACAAAAAUAUGUCAAAACCUAAAAGAAAAAAUAUCCCUCUGUUCUAGAUAACCCCACAUUUCCAGUAACUAGCAUGUUAAUCAAAUUGGUCAAAACCAUUAUUAAGUGUAAUUCAUUAAAGUAAGAAUUGAUGUGAGUUUAAAUGUGCAAUAUGGGCACCAUAACCACUUAAUCUCAUAGUUCUUAUGGGUGCCGUAUUACCUGAAAGGGAAACUAUAGUGCCAGGAAAACAUUGUUGUUUUCCUGGCACUAUAGCUCCCUAUAAUGCCUCCCUUCUGUCCUUUACCUGAUUGCAGCGCCGAUGUCCCUAAUGCUCCGAGGAGACCUAAUGCUCACUCGCAUUAGUACCUUCCCCACCCCCAUAGGAAAGCAUUUCUAAUGCUUCCUGUGGGGUUUUAUAUGACACUGGAAGUCCUCAUGCAUCAAGUCACCUAACGACCCGGAAGUCCCUCUAGUGGCUGUCUAGUAGACAGCCACUAGAGGCGGAGUUAACCCUACAAAGGUCAUUAUUGCAGUUUUUAAUGAAGGAACCUGGGGCUAUGCACCCAGACCACUUCAUAGUGUCCCUUUAAGGAGUUAAACCGUUUUAUGAAUGGUUUAACCCAAAAGUUGAGUAGACGCUGCUCAACAGUGACCACUUUGCCCCUCUUCUUCUCAUAUUCAAUGAGGCAGCCUUUGACUGGGCUCCGGUGAGUUGACCUUUUCAGUCUAUUUCUAACUUCCCAUUGAGGAAACCGUGUGAGAAGUUCAUACUUUAGUGAAUAGCAUGUUAUUUUGUUAUUUGUCCCUGUAUCUUGUAUUGAUAAUUGACUCUUCAGUUUUUUUGCUCCUUUCUCUUACGAUUAGAUACCACCACCCAUGAGCUUGUUUACAUUUUGCAGUUAGAGAUACAUUUAUUUAUCAUGUUUACUAUUUAAAGGUCUGAUAAGUUUGUUGUUAAUGUUUCUGUUACAUUAAUGCUUUAUGUUGCAUUGCAUCUCUUUAAAUUGAUACAUGUUUAGAUGGAUUAGAUGAUUUCAUUUCCAGGAAGUGAUGCGAUUAGAGAUUAUGAUGCCCAGAAUGGAAAAAGCAUUGGUCGUGUUUCAGCUUAAUACAAGCAAAAUUAAGCCGUGGCAGUCUGUAUGUGUGUGUCAGGCUGAGAACGCGCGUUUAAGUAGGAGAUUAAGAUGCUGGGGUAUUUUGAAGUGAAAGGGGGAUUAGAUAUUGUAAAAUGUCUGGAAUCUCAGUGCUUCGUGUCGAAGGUGAUCUGCCGUUACUCUGAUGCACAGAGUGCUGUAACUAUUGUUUUUAAAAAAAUUAUAUUUAGGUGUGCGCGUUUAGUUUAAGUGUAUAAAAUUUUCUAUUCUAUAGAUCACUGCUAGACAGCAAUUUUCUUUCUACCUGUUGUGGAACUACAGCCCAAGUUGCCCAGCCAGAGACACCUCUUUGUUCAGAAUCACCACUGAGCAUUAUGGGGCUUUUAGUACCAAGGGGGGAGCUAUGAUCUGCUUCUGAUGACCUAGAUCGGGUACUCUAGAUGUUGUGGACUAUAUCUCCCUAAUGCUCUUACAGUCAUAAUGUUGGCAAAGCACCAGGAGACAUGUAGUCCACAACAUCAAGAGUGGCAAAGGUUGUCUACCCCUCACCAGAAUCAUAACUCCCGACUGUUUCAGAUCUUAAAGGAGCCCUAUAACUACUGUAGCUAGCUGUUGAAUUCCAUCAUUAUUUAAGUUAUCUAUAAAGAGCAACAGUUUACUUUAUAGUUGUGAGACUAACAGACUAACCUAAUAUACCCAGAUUCCGAGGACCAUAAGCUUUGAUCGAGUUCCUUUUGGAACAUUAUACAUUACAGUGGUUCUUUCAAGGAUCCCAGUGAAAUGGUUUAUGGGCCUGUGUUUUGGCCCUUAACACCAUAAGGCUAUAUCACCGUGAAUUAAUCACUGAAACGUCACAUAAAAAUACAUACAAAAAAGUAAAAGCACACACAAAAAAAAAUAAAAAAAAUAAAUGAAUAUUACCCUUUUUUGGUGAGUAAUCCAGUGAACUACUGGAGAUCUAAGAUCAACAAAUGAGAAUACUUCUCAUAGUUUAUCAUAUUUUAAACAUUUUGUAUAAAAACACAUAGAGGUUUAAGCGGCACUUAACUUUCCCUGAUCACUUCCUUUUCUCUUCCUCUCUCAGAAUCUGUUCUUCUUUUCUUUAUUUCUGAUCUAGUUUUAUUUAAAAAUAAAAUAGGUAGGGACUACUGUGAUUUAUUUUUCCUACGCCUGACUUUCUCGGACACAAGGAUUAACUUAAAUCCGCUCCAUUUUCUGCGUCAUACUCGCGCUUUUUUUGAUGUUCUUGCCUGAACAUAAUUUGCCAUUUCUGAAUAUCCUGUCAUUUAGACUAGGGUGCUGGCAAAAUGAUCAAAUUUCGCCAAAUAGAAUGUAAACAAUACGUCCAUCCAUUUUUGGGCGAAAUUCGGUCCUUAUAUUCUGUUCAGGAUUUAUCUUGGAAGAAUGAAAUUCCGACCUAACACAGGUCUCCCAUGCGCCCAUGGUGGGGCACAUAUAAUAAUUAAUGGGGGCAUAAUAUCCCCCUCCAGCCCCCACCUGUACCCAGUGAGUGGGGGCUAUUAAACUAAAUGGGGGACCUAGUGUCUCCCCAGCCCUCAUCCAUUAGCAGCAAAUGGAGGCCCUAAGAAAUAAUGGGGGAGGACCUAUUGUUACCCCAAGCCCCACCCAGAAGCCGUGGGUGGGGAGGUGGGGAAUCUAAGUGAUAAUAGGGGAACUAUUGUCUCCCCCGCAGCCCCCACUCAUUGGAGGCAGGUGGGUGCUAAUUGUAAAAAUAACUACCUCCCGGGACUAACCACCACUCCAAAUAAGCACUGAAUAUAUAAUUGAUCAUUUAAAAAUUUCGAAAUAUAUACUACUUACCUUGGCUCCAGCACCAUCAUCACCCUAGUUCUGUGAGGGUUGCAUUAUUUUAAAAUGCUAUCCGUGCUGCAAAAUGUUCCAGACAUCAAAUAUUGCAAGUAAACAUUUCAAAUAUUUUUUUGUAAAAAAAAAAAAAGCAAAUUCAGUAUUUACUCGCCAGUAACUGUUUAAUUAGGCUAACCAAACCUUUUCGAACAAGGCAGCUGUUUUAAGUAAUACGAUUCUAUGUUUAGUGUCAUUUUUGGAUUUAUAAUAGGGUUUUUAAAUUUCAGUUUUGUUUUGGAAUAUGGAUUAAACAUUUUACACUUCUCUUUCUGGUUAACCCCUUCCCUCCCAGCAACAUGUAUACAAAGGCUAUUUUUUGUUUUGCAAAGUAAGACUGAAACCUAUAAAGAAAGCCCAGCUACCUCUCUUUUAGCUCCAGCAUUGGUGUUCACACUGCAGAGUAUUAAAUUUCUAUGCUAGUGCUUUAUCUCUCUGCAUAACUGCAAAUGGUUCACCCUCCAUUUAUUACUCUUUGGCAGCCCAUUUCCAUAAAUUGUACCCCUCAUAUUUAGUGAUAUGUUUGUAAUUAAUAUAGCUGCUGCUAUUUCAAAAGUAUACAUUUUUCUCUGCCCUAGAAUUCACUGCUUCUUCUACUCCAAGGCUCCCCUGCUUUUCCUCUGCCCAAGGUGUGUGUAUAUGAAUAUAUCUCAGAUGCACUCACUGACACACAGACAGGGCCGGCGCUACCUGUAAGGCGGACUAGGCAGCCGCCUAGGGCGCCCCUUGGGAAGGGGCGCCGCCAGGAGCGCCGGCCCCACUCAUGCUGCAGCCGCCCAAGCGCUCUGUAGUGAGCAUCAGGCGGCUGCAGCUUUUCCCAGGCGGUGCGUCCAUGAGGGCGGACUGCACCGCCCGGGCGCAGCCUGAGGAGAGGGGCUGACAGGAGGGAAGCGCUCAGCGCUCCCUCCUGUCACUCCCUCUGUAGUAGCGUGGCCGAGCCCAGUAUAGUCGGCGGGUACAGGGAGCAGCUGUCUGCUGUACCCGGCCGGACUAACAGGAAGUGCACACUCAGUGUUCACUUCCUGUUGAUCCCUUGAGCCUGAAAACACUUUCCCUGUACCCAUGACCUCCUACUAGGCUUCAGCUUCUGCACUCAAACAGAGAGGAGGAAGAAAAGAGAGGAGGGAGAAAGAAACGAGAGGAGGAAGAAAAAGAAACAGGAGGAGGGAAAAGAAGCAGGGAGGAGGAGGGAAGAAAAGCAGGGAGGAGGGAGGGAAAAGAAAAAGAGAAGCAGGGAGGGAGGGGAAGAAAGAACAGGGAGGGAGGGAGGAGGGAGGGAAGAAACAGGGAGGGAGGGGAAGAAGAAACAGGGAGGGAGGGAAAGAAAGAAAGCAGGGAGGGAGGGGAAGAAAGAAGCAGGAGGAGGGGAAGAAAGAAAGAAACAGGAGGGAGGAAAAGAAAGAAACAGGGAGGAGGGAGGGAAGAAAGAAACAGGGAGGGAGGAGGGAAGAAAGAAACAGGGAGGGAGGGGAAGGACAGGAGGGAGGGAGGUGGGGGGAAGAAACUAACAGGGAGGGGGGAGACAUUGACAGGGAGGGGAAUUGACGGGGAGAGAGAAAUUGACAGGGAUGGGGGAGUGACAGGGGAGGGAGGGGGAAUGAGAGUAACAAAGGAGUGGGGGAGAAGAGAGUGACAAGGGAGGGGGGAGAGAUUGACAUCCAUCACACACACAAUCACACACAAUGCACCCCUUACACACAAAGACAAUGAACCCCUUGCACACAGAAAAACACACAAUGCAUUACACACACAAUGCAUUACACACACACACAAUGCAACCCUUACACACAAUGCAUCCCUUACACACACAGAAACACACAAUGCAUUCCUUACACAUACUCAAUGCACCCCUUACACACCCUCAAAGCACCCCUUACAGACUCACACACUUCAUCCCUUACAUACACAGAAACACACCUUGCAGACCUUACACAUACAAACACAGAUUCACACAAUGCAUUCCUUACACACAAAUCAGGACAUCCCCUACACACUCCACCCCCUGUGAACAAACUCAUUGGUGGAACAUGGGACCCAGACCUUGAGCUGUGUAAAGGGCCCCCAAAAAAUGGAGCUGCUUCUCGUUCUCCCAGAACAUUGAUUUUGUGACCACAGUUACAAACAGCCUCCAGAGAUCCUGUUAUACACCAGACCAGUGGAGCCAGACUGCAGCUAGAGCCCAUCAUCAUCCUCAUCUGCUUGUAAGUAGGUAAUCUAGUAUAUUAUUCGUGGCACUAAUCUCUAAUUUACCUCACAUUAAAGAAACACUAUAGUCCCCAGAACCACUGCAGCUUAAUGUAGUGGUCCUGGUGUCUAUAGCCUGUCCCUGCAGGCCUUUUAAUGUAAACACAGCGGCACUGCAGCACUGCAGCACUGCAGCACUAGCGUUAGUUAACAUGGCAGGUCAUAUGGGUGUGGCAUUGUGAUGGGUCGGGGGGGGGCGGCAAACUUUUCUUUUGCCUAGGGCGGCAAAAAUCCUUGCACCGGCCCUGCACACAGAUAUAAACACGAAUAUACAUACAUAUACACACCCUGCCACACAUGCAGUUACAAUUAUACACACAUACAGUUACAUGCACUCACAAACAUGUAGUUGCACAGAUGCAAGCACUGACACACAUCAUUGCACAGACACACUGAUAUACACACACUGACACACAUGCAGAUACACAGAUACACACCCUGCCACAUAUGCAGAUACAAUUAUACACACAUACAGUUACAUAUACAGGUCACAAUUUUAGCCACCCUCCAGUUUCCUACCUUUUAGGUGCAGGAGACUUCUGCUGUCUGUGGUUGGUUGGAGUUAGCGGCCCCCCUGGAGAUGCGCUCCCUCAAUCGUAUACGGCUGGGUAUGAGUGAGAGCGACCUGGGAGGAAGUGCCCGGCUCUCUUUCACUUCAGCUAUCCCCUUUGGAUUAGAAGGCACUGACCGGUGCCCUCAAGACAUAUGUCCAUCGGAUGGCCUUAAGUGCCUGAGACACCCAAUGGACCCGCUCACUCUGUUCCCAACCUGAACCACCAUUACUUAAAAAAAUUGGGAAUAAACGUACCAUAGGUUGGGAAUCCCUGUCCUGAAACCUUUUUGUCAGAGGAGGGGAUGCAGGUCUCUAAGCACAAUGAGUACAAACAGAGACUCUUUUCAGGCAGAAAUAGCUGCAUAUAAAGCCCCAUAUAGCACAGAUGUUUGCUGCAGCUGUACAUAAAGUAUAUAUGGAUUUUACCCCCAAAAUGUUUUUAUUUUUUUAAUUUUUUUUACUGGUUAUUUGUACAUUUCUAUUUUAGUUAUUGUCACACUUUUAUAUGGGACAAAAAUUGUGUUUAUAAUUACGACUUCCAUAAUGGAUUCUGUGUAAUAUAUAUAUAAAAUGAAGCAUAAAGGUUGUCUAAUGUAGAUAUAUUCUAUAUAUUUUUUUAAAUCGCUCCAAUCAUUACUACAUCACACUGUGCCUACCACCCCCACAACUGUAAGUAUUUGGUUUUAUAGCCGCUAUAGCUCUCAUUGGCUGCAUGUGAUCAGCUGACUCUCUCUCAACCAAUAUGUGUUUAGCUCAGGAUUGGAGGUGGAGAGUGGAACCCAAACCAUUCUCAGAACUGUUUGACUCCUUACACUUCGGAGGCUCUAGAGCAGUUUUCCUGAAGGCACACCUAACAGUCCAGGAUUUAAGGAUUACCCGGUGACUAAAAAAAUAAAAAUAAACCUUAGACACACCCAGGUAAUCCCUAAAUGCUGAACUGUUAGGUGUGCCUUGAGGAGCACUGCUCUGGGGAACUGUUGGCACCAUAACCACUAUUUUGUGCUACAGUGAUUAUGGUGCUUGAAUGGUUCCUUUAAUUAUCUAUAUGCAAUCUACAGAUGAAAGUGUGGUUGUUUCCGAAGAUUAUGUGCUAGUCAAAGACUUGUUUACAAAUAGACUGACUAGGCAUAGAUUCAGGCAGCAGAGUAGAGUAGUAGUAGCUGAUCCAGUUAUCUUUUUGACUCUCUGUCACUCUCAUCCUAUCACUGGUUUCCCAUUAAGGGAAAUGUUUUAAAAACCCACAUAUGUUUUGAAUGUAUGUGAAGCUAUAGUCCCAAAAACCACAAAAGUUAUUUUGGGACUAUAGACUCCCUUCUUGCAGUGUGCUUACUGUUCACCCCUCCUUUGCCUUGUAAAAAUUAUUCUAAAUCCGCAACAAAAUAUAUCACUGGUACCGGCUAGGCAUCCCACGUUUUAAAUAAAUGCUAUAGUACAUUUCUAAACACAAAGAGCUUGGUUGUGAAGGGAUUCGGACUAUGGCAAAGCAAUUAUCAAAUGACUUUUUAGAUUUCUAAAGGGUUUGUCACACAUGUGACUUGGCUUAAUGAGUGAAUUAGAAACGGAGCCUGGGAAAAGAUUACCACUUUUAUCUUAAAAUAAAAAAAAUGGAUAUGAGAGAGCUUGUAAUCGUGAAUGUGAUUUAUCCUUUGAAUGGAUUGAACAUGUGGUCCUAGAAAGUACAAAUUGCUACUAACAAUAGGGCAAUAGUAGAUUAAAAGGGACAGCACACUAAAUUUUACUCUUUGAAAAUCUGUACAGUUAAUUUGUUUUGUGUAAUUAUGGAAUCUAUUAAAACUCUGUGCAACAUAUUUACAAGAAAUCAUACUUAAAGUCCCCUGGCACUGCCCCUCUAUUCAGUAUUAAAAAUGGAGCAGUUUAACAAUGGAUGAGGGUCCCUGGCUUCCCAUAGCCCUCCCCCACUGGAAGUAUGGCUAAGGCAAAGAUUACACACCUCCUUGUAUCCAUCCCAACUCGUACCAGCAAUAAGAGCUGUGAUAAGCUAGAUGCAUACUCUCUCAGCCAAUCACAGCCACACAUUGCUGCUCAAGCUAUCACUUCCUCGUUAGCCCGAGUAGCACAGAGGGGAUGAGUUGCUAGUGACUCUCAUUCAGCAUUAAAAUGUUAAAAACCAUUUAAUUCUGAAUUGAAGAGCAGUGCCAGGGGACUACAGACACUAUAACCACUUCAAUGAAAUGAAGCAUUGUACCUUUAAAUACUGCUCGGCUAAAGGGAGGAAGGCCAGCCAGUUGAUAGAAAGUGUGGGCUGAGCGCACGGGCGGGAGGAUCCUGGAAGAUUGAGGCAGACUGUCAGGCGCGCGAGGGAGCUGUAAUCUCCCUCCCUGUUCUGCUCUGCUCUGUUCCCUCGCGCGUCCUCCAGUGAUGCCAGGAGCUGGAAAAUGCUGUCAUUCCGGCCCCAGCAUCACUAAACUAUGGUGUAGAGCAGGGAGAUGACUGGACCCCAGGGAAAGCCGAACCACUCCAGCUCCAGGUAGGGACGCUGGGUGGUCACCUUAAUGUGUGUUGUUAUUGCAGUGAGUGUGUGUGUGUUUAGGUGACCGGUCCUCCUCCAAUCAUAUGGGAAGGGGUUUUUACUCACCUUUUUCCCCCCACGCUGUGCUAGUCUUGCUGCAGCUGGCCCUGCCUCCAUGACUGCGAUCAUCAAUAUUGAAGAUCUCAGCCAAUUAAAUGCUUUCCCAUAGGAAAGCAUUGGGAGGCUAUUGCGCAUGUGUGGCAAAACGCCAUGCUGCGCCAAUCCGCAUCUCCCCAUAGAGAUGAAUUGAAUGCAUCUCUAUGGGGAACACUGAGUGACUUUCACUAGAAGUGUUACUAGGCAACAAUGUAAAUACUGCCUUUUUCUCUGAAAAGGCAGGGUUUACAUUGAAAAGUUUGGAGGGACAGGUUAUAUACACGAGAACAACUACAUUAGGCUGUAGUGGUUCUGGUGACUAUAGUGUCCCUUUAAGAAUUCUAUGACAUUGAAAAACCUGGCUCCUAACUUUUUUUGCUGGCUCCUAGAUUCAAAGCAAAUGUGUCAAGUCCUGGUCUGUAGUGGCCCUUUAAUAAAGGAAGGCAUAUAACAAAGACACCACAAUGUUUUCAAGCUGCUGAGUGUGACUUUUCAAUUUUUGAAUACCCACAAAUAGCCACGUUCUGCCAUUCCUCUCAUUGACCUCUAACAACUCUCAGUACAGAAUCAUAUUCUAUAAUGAAUGACUCAGCUCUAGAGAAUCAAUUGGAGAUAGAACAUCCAUCAGGUUCCCUUUUCUUAGCUAUCUGCAAUAUCCAUUUAUACGUUCUAUAAAGCAGGAAAAACUCAUUCAUCUGAGAUGUCUAGUGCAAAAUUCCAGCUGUGACAAAAUUAUUUUAAAUUGAUGGUGACUGAUGUAGAUCGAUACAGAUGGAUAUUCUUCUAUAACAGCAUGAUAUCAUUGAGGUUAUGAUCCAUAUAUCUUAAUGUGUUCAUCAAUGUGCAUUUAUGUUUUUUGUACCUGUCAAACACCCAAUGUACCUCGUGACAUACGCACAGAUGUCGGCAUUGUAAUUCUUUUUUCUGUGUGUGAACGUUUUGCUCUGCAAGUUCUAAUCAUUAUCAUAAGUGCACAGUGUUUCAUCAGUCUUCCAAAAAAAAAAAAAAAAUGAGUCAUUUUGUAAGCAAGAAGGAAAGGCCACCAAUCCAAAAGCAUACGUCUGCUGUGCCGAGAUGAGUCACAACCAACCUAGAUGGACGCACAGAGGCCGAGCUGAUUCAUUGCUGCAACAUACUUGUUCAAGAAAACCAUUUUGAAUUAGUUGUUGAAGCAGAACCAGCUGAUAGUUCUUAGAAUGUUAUUUUAUCAUAAAUGGCAGGCUUCCCCAAACUCCGGCCCUCCAGAUGCUGCUGAACUACAACUCCGAAGAUUCUAUGAAUGAAAUAGAUAGGUAGAGAAUCAUGGGAGUUGUAGUUCAGCAACAUCUGGAGGGCUGGAGUUUGGGGAAGCCUGAUCAAUGGUUUGAUGGACCAGGUCAAAACCAAUCUUACCUUCAAGGUAUAGAUGAAAGUGUAAGAGUGUAUCAAAGAUCGUUGUUUACUGUUAAAAGACUGACUCCAACAAAAAGAUGUUAAGAUCUCAAUCAUCGUUCUGCAUUUAAAAGGAAAAAAAAAAGCUGUAUAAAUAAUCAUAAAAAGGUUGAUUUCUGUGUCCCUUGAGCUCGGCUUGUUUUUAUCAUUCUGAUGUCAUUCCAUUUUCCUUGACCUCAUCCAGUCCCUGAUUCUGCUUUACCUGUGUGCUGUGUGUUUUGCCCACCUGGGCUUUAGUGUUAACCCCGUCACAAGGAUUGGUAAUACAUACUGUUUUACUUUUUCUAUCCUGGUUGCGUAUUAAUCUGGUCUCUUGUUUUCUGCAUCGCUGGGUAACUAAACCUGACAAAGAGUUUUUGCCUGAAACAGGCUUACUCAAAAGAAAUGAAAAAUGGUGAAUUCUAACUUACAAUUUUCAGAGCUUAUAAUUGUCAGAUAAUGAAUGGGCACAGAAACAGACACUUAGGUUAGAGUGUCUGGUGAAUGUUCUCAUUGUAACAGGAGGUUUGGGGAAUACUAAUAUUUUUUCAAGUGGAACUCAUUGGCUUUAAUGGGGACCCAUCUCAUAAAUGGAAAUUUAAUAAAAUGUGCAUUGGAUGAGCUCUCCAGCGUAUUGUGUAGAAAAAGUACAUAUAGACGAGAAGCACACACUGUAAGCCUCAUUUUAGUGCUGAAAAUUCCAAUAUUUUAUAUUAUAUUUAAUUGAACCCUAAAGAGGCAUUAUAACUGUUAGAAUUUAUGGUAGUGGUUAUGGUGUAGUGAGCCCCAGCAUUCAACGUCUAGCAUCCACGCAUCAUCCAAUAUUGUGGAUGAUUUAUUUUUGAAUUAUCCAAUCACAGUGCAUACAAAAAUAUAGAUGACAAAAAAAUUAGUUACACCAACAACAGAUAAAAACAAAAUGGAUAAUUACUCACUCGCGUCUGGCCAUGGGGACUCCGGCAAGGAAAGAUGACUCAUUCAAAAUUAUAUUUUGGCCAUAAGCAAGUACAAUAGAUAUUUACAUAUGAUUUGGAUAUAUACACUCUGCAUUCAUCUAAAAUUUCCAAGCCUGACCCAAAGAUAAGGCAUAUCUAUAGAAACUAUAAGUGACCACCUCUGCGUGUUCCGGACCAAUUUCAACCCAAAUAUCUCAUUUUAUGUGAUUGCCACAGAAAUCAUAAUUGCAUCUAUGAACUUGUUGCAGUUUGUCCAUUCCAUAUGUCACAUACCCUACCAGGACCUAAUAUAAUGGACAUCACAAUUUCUUCCAAACGGCUUAAAUUGCACUAAUCAUGUCUAUGCUUGUUUCCAACAUUGUGCUUGUCCCAUUCUAAAUAUGCACAACAUGAGGCUUAAUUAUUAAUCUGUGGGUUAUUAGUCAUGUUUCUUUUUGGAUAUGAUUCUGAUAUGACACUGGGACACAAGGGUCUUUUGAUAUUCUAAUUAACAUGUCAAGAAAAAAAAUCCACUAUCUAACAAGUUACAGGCCAGAUGGUCGAAGACAGUUAGUUUACAUUGAAGCGCGGUUUACUGAUGAGCAACAUUUCACAGUUUGCUGAAGCCUUGGUUUAUCAAAAGCGCAAUUAAUUUCACACCUUGCAGAAGCCUUGCCUGUUCAUGUUGUAAACCAUCUGACCUCUAUCACAUUCCUAUAUAAUUUACGUUAACCCGUUCUGACAUUUGUCCUCUACCAAGUGGCCAGUUCGUAAAUGCACUACACAAGUUACAUGAAAUUGCAAAAUUCCAUAGUGCAACAAUUCAUUAUGUAUCCUUGCCAUGACACAAUAUUAUCAGUAACUGUACACUGAUCAGCCACAACAUUAAAACCACUGACAGGUGAAGUAAAUACCAUUGAUUAUAUUGUUACAAUGGCACCUGCCAAGGCAGCAAGUGAAUAGUCUGCUCUUAUUGAAAGCAGGAAAAAUUGAACAAGUGAAAAGAACUGCGUAACUCAUGAUAGUGAUCUAUAUCCAACUGGGUCAGAGCAUCUCCAAAAUCUCCAAAAAAGUCUUGUGGGGUGUUCCUGGUAGAUGUAGGUUAAUCACAGUGCCAUGAUUAUCCCUGUCCUCCAACGCUGGUGUCAGAACUGUACCAUGGAGCAAAUGGACAAGAUUGCAUUGUCUGAUGAAUCCCAUUUUCUUUAAGAUCAGGUGAAUGACGGGUGCAUGUGCCUUGUUUACCUGGGAAAGUGAUGGCAGCAGAAUGCUCUAUGGGAAUGCAGGACGAUGGAGGCCUUGGGCAAUGUUCUGCUGGAAAAUAUUGGGUCCCGCCAUUCAUGUGGGUGCUACUUUGACAUACCAAUUACCUGGAGAUUGUUGCACACCACGUACACCCAUUCAUAGCAAUGGUGUUUCCUGAUGGCUUUGGCCUCUUUUAGCAGGAUAAAAUAGCCUGCCACAUUUCAAAAAGUGUUCAGGAAUGGUUUGAGGAACAUGACAAAGAGUUCAAGGUGUUGCCUUGAACUUUAAAUUCCUCAGAUCUCAAUCAGAUUAAGCAUCUCUAGGAUGUGCUGAAACACUAAGUUCGAUCUAUAGAGACCCACCUCGCAACUUGCAGGACUUAAAGGACCACUAUAGUGCCAGGAAAACAUACUCAUUUUCCUGGCACUAUAGUGCCCUGAGGGUGCCCCCACCCUCAGGGCCCCCCUCCCGCCGGGCUCUAGUGGUUAAAGGGGUUAAAUUUACCUAUUUUUCCAGCGCCGGAAACUCUCUCCUCCUUGUCAUCAUUGGCUGAAUGCGCAUGCACGGCAUGAGCCGUGCACGCAUUCAUCCAGUCCAUAGGAAAGCAUUUUCAAUGCUUUCCUAUGGACGCUGGCAUCUUCUCACUGUGAAAAUCACAGUGAGAAGCGCCUCUAGCGGCUGUCAAUGAAACAGCCACUAGAAGCUGGAUUAACCCUAUUAUAAACAUAGCAGUUUCGCUGAAACUGCUAUGUUUAUAGAAGAAACGGUUAAACCUAGCUGAACCUGGCACCCAGACCACUUCAUUAAGCUGAAGUGGUCUGGGUGCCUAUAGUGGUCCUUUAAAGGCUCUGCUGCUCAUGUUUUUGUGUAUAUUAUUAGACACUGAUAUUAUUACACCAAUCUUCCCUAAACUAUGACUCGAGUGUUAGGAAUACAAACCUGUAUUCCUAACGCUAUGAUGUCUCUGUCUCUACUUGAAAAAACCACCCCACUCCCCUGUACAUUAAAAUAAAAUUGUUUAAAGUUGUAUUUACCUGAUGAAGUGAUAUAGGUGACUAUAAGUGUCUCUUAUUACUAGAUGAAUUGCAGUUGUUCUGGAAAAUAGAAAAUACUAGCAUUUCCCUCAAAUGCGUAAACAGGGAAAGCCUAUCCAGAUGAAUCGAGGUGGUCACAAAAGUAGGGGGAGCAUCCGGAGGGUACAGCCUGUACUGGGAGCAUUACUGCUAUGUGGUGUGGUUCGGGAGAUGUUACGGAACACUGACAGACUGGACUUCUACACUAGCACCCUCAACUAAUCUGACAUUAUUUCUUGCUUUAAAUUUGGGCAUUCUGGGCCCCAAUUUUGAAUUAUGUGAUACCAGUGGUAGAAGGCCAUGGACAUAGGUUGCCUAGCUAUGUCUCCAAAAAUCUGAUAUUCGAAUAUAUAGUUUUGAGGUAGGGUGCUGUAUUAAAUUUUUAAACCUCUUCUGAUUCCAAGUAUAUUUAAAUAUAAUAAAAUAGUUUUAACAAUAUGUUAACUUAUCCCCUACAUUAAACAAAUAUGUAAUUGUGAGGGGUGAAAAAUAAAAUGAAAUGUAAAAUUCUACACCUUUUUUAUACUGCAACUGAGCACCUUAAUCUUGGUUCCCUGACAGUCAUUGCAGUCAUUACCUUUCACACUGGCCUUACUCCCCCAUACCUCUCCAGAUCUCUGUCAGGGCUGCCGGCGGGGUGGUUGACGACCGUACAGCUGCCUGGGGGGAUUGGCAUGCCCGGGCUCUAUACCCACAGUGGGCCCACGCCUUGAACUGUGUAAGGGGCCCAAAACUUUUAAUGGCAGCCCUGAUCACUGUGUUUCCAUAACCAGCUUUUCUUGCACUUACAAAGCUAUAAGAAGGAACAUGCAAUGACACUGUGCAUGCUCCCUGCUCAUACACAAUUUCCACCACCAGCAGCAAUUACCAGGCUUCCCAACAGGCUCGAUUUAGGUGGGAAAAUCUCUAUUUUUAGGUCCUGUCCCACCAACCCGAUAUUGUUCCCUGAGUCCUGAAUCUGAGAACAUCAGGGAACUGUCCCCAGACCGCACAGCUCGAGCACACUUUUAGACAUGUUUGCUAUGUGCGACGGUACUAGGACUGUGCAGAGAGAGCUUCAACAGUGCUCCCUGCUUGGACCUGUAUGUUGGGGGGCCAACAGGAAGGCUGUCCGUCAAACCACUCACAUAAUGAGUGUGUCACUCUGGAAUCAGACACGCCCCCAUGUUUUUUUUUCACAGUGACAUGCCCCUUUAGUGCAUUGUUCCGCCCACUUUCCAGGCUAGCUAGUGGAAUCCUGGCAACAUAACUACUACAGUGUGUUAAAGUGGUUGUAGUGCUUCAAAAAUGUUUCAUAUUGAUAUAUUGAUCAAACAUGUUGCAAUUUAGGAGUUUAUGGGAGUUGUGGUUUACCCUCACUACUAAAUAAUAUACAAGUCAUUCAUAAAAACCAACAUCACUUUUAUUAUUGAAGCUAAUUAGAAAGAUGACAGAUAAACUUAAAUCCUGUGCUUAUUAAAGGGACACUAUAGUCACCAGAACAACUACAGCUUAUUGUAGUUUUUCUAGUGAGUAUAGUCAGCCCCUGCAGGCUUUUUGCUGUAAACACUUCCGUUUCAGGCCUCUGGCCCUCUUUUCUAUCCUAAUGUCCAUCUUUCAAGUGUGCCUCUUUGUCCAUGUGAAAUGUUGGGAGGUAUUCUUUCUGGCUUAGGGAAAGAUAAUGGCUGCAAAUUGUUCAGUAUAUACAGAAAUGUAAAAAGGUCUAUUUUAUUAUCUUUAAUUCUUUUUCAAAUGUGAUCUAUAUUAUGCAUGAACACUUUUUACUUUAAUUUUUUUUUUUUGCAUUAAUACACAACUAGCUUUCAAAGCAAUUUAUUUGAUACAUUGAAAGCGUAUAAGUAAGCAUUUUGAUGGAAAAUGUUUUUGCAAACACUUUUUUUUUUUUUUAAACAUCCCCAUGGCAACAAAGUGACUUUUUUAAAAUCAUCUCCUUCUGGUCUCGUCUACAGCUAAAUUUAUCAUAUUUUUUUUUCUCCUUUCCCAAAUUACUCUAUUUAGCGGUCUCAAUUUCAUUGAUCUGAUGGUUCGACAAGGAAAUAUAGAUAACCCGCCGAAAACACCACUGAUACCUGGUUUUGAGUUGGCUGGAAUUGUUGAAGCACUGGGAGGAAAUGUCACUGGCUUUGAGGUAAAUUAUUGGUUAACUUUUUCAGAUACUUUUUGAAUUGACAUUAUAUAAUGAGAGGGUUAACUGUGACUAAAAAUCACGCCAAAGGUGCACUGUAAUCGUUUCUUAAUAUAACGCGCUAAUAUAUGUAUCAUCUUAGAAAUGGAAUUGUGGAUUUCCAUAAUAUGUAUUUUAAGUCAAAAUUAUCACCUUAUGAAAUAAAUGUAUCAUUUAUCAUAUCAAGGGACACCACAACAACUUUAGAUUAAUGAAGCGGUUUUGCUGUAUACAUCAUAUCCCUGCAGUCUCAGUGAACAGUUCUCUGCCAAUUAAGACGUAAAGAACCAUUUAAUCCACCCAGACCACUUCAUCUCAAUGUGUGCAGUGGCCCUUUAAAUGUAACCUUGCAAAACAUUGCUGUAUUGUAGAAUGUGUACAAUGUGUUUUGUGUUCUGAGGAACACUGGAUUGGGCACCAGUAGCGCCAAGAGAGUCUGUGCACUGAGAAAAAAGGUAAGUAGAACUUUUUAAUGCGUAACGAUAGUGCCGUAAAACUUAUUUGAGAUUAAGGUACUAUAGCAUUAAUAAUACAGGUUUGUUUUCCUAACGCGAUAGUGUUUCUUUAACUAACUUGCUGCUGUUUAUGAAGCACUAGUCACUCCUCUCCUGGCUAUGAAAAAUACAGCUUCCAUGGGAAACAAAAAAGGAGGUAGAAUGUCUGUCAGCAUGCCUGUGAGCAUGUUUAAUUUAGAAUUUCAUAUCUCCUGCUAUGUUAAUACAUACAUAUAAGGCUGUUGUAAGACAUAAUGUGCCUGAAGUUUUGUAAUUUUUUACAGUUAGUGUCAAUUUCAAUAGACACUUUUAUAAGUGGGUGCCAAGAUGGGAGGUUUUCUUUCACUUGGCCCUGCUUGGGAAUACUUCCUAAAAUAGGGUGCAAAUCUACUAUGACAAUGACACAUUGGAUAGGACAUAUGCUUCUGAAUAGAGUGACUGUCAAUAAAUUCUAAUUAGUGGGGUAAUAGCUGCUUGAUCCUAAGAGAUAUCUGACUGCCAUUUUGGGGUCAAAACUGAUUUUCUUUCCCAGUUUGUUGCAAAAUCGGAAGUGCUUCAGACUGGGUGUUGCCUUCUUUUGGAUCAACAGCAAAAACAUAUGUGAGGAAGGCUGAACUUGAUGGACGCAAGUCUCUUUUCACCCUAUGUAACUAUAUAAAUUUACAUAUACCUAUGCAAAGCACGAGACACACGAGCCAAAGGAAAAUCAGAGCAACUACAGUGCGUGCACGACUGUUACUGUGACAAAGGGCAGGUCAACCACUUGGAGGACAGGCGACAGAAGGGCCUUAUUUUAAAAUAGUUUUUUCUUAAAAUCUCUAUAUGUCUUAAUAGAAUUACUGGAAAAUAUAUAUAUUUCUAUGUAAGAUUGAAGGAGAAGAAUUUUGAUGAAAGACUUCAACAGGUAAGUAUCAAUGUUUCCUUUUUUAGUUUGUUUGUUUUGUUUUUUUUAUAAACAUGAAAAUAUACCGCUCUUACUAAUACUAUUUUGGGAGUUCCAGAACGUACAAAAAGUCGAACGGUUCCCCUGGCUCACAGGUAGCGUAUGUCUGCCUUGUUCAUGCAAACAAACCUACCGAACAGCGCUCUCCUGGCUUGUCGCAAAAAGAAGCAGGUGUUCGUAUACUUUCACCAGUGUUCAUGCGGUCGAUUGUCCGAAUUGUAGUUCCAGACACUCGACGACCAGGUCCCGCACCCUGCAUUCGUGCGACAAGAUGGCCUCCGUUUUCUCCAGCGUUUGGCGUUCGGUUAUACGGUGGCCACACAGAGCGAGCACUUCCUAUUCUGUGGUUUUCUUUGAUGUUUAAUGAGCCAGGGGUGGUCGGUGUUCGGGAGAUAGAAGAAUGAACAUCACUAAUACCUAACCUGACUUGAUGACAUUUGCAGGCAAUAUUAACUAACAAGUCUUUGUUAAUCAAUUAGACCUUUUAACCUUUUGGAGCCAUCAUUGUAUUUGCCUGUAACUUUCAGUUUGUGUUAUAAAAGACACCAUUUUUUUUUUUUAUUAUUGUUUUGUCAUUAAAUUGUCAUUAAUGCAAUCUAACCCUGAUUAAUGACUAUUUCAUAAAUCAUUUCAGAUAACAAAAUUCCCAUUUAUUCUUGAUAAUGUUUACUGACUUUGGUGGCAUUACCAGCAUUAAAACUUAGAAUUUUUAAUACUUUAAAAUGUCUUGCGAGUCUAGCUGAAAGUCAUUGAUCGGUUUCCAAGCCUGGAUUAUAAUGUACCGGAUAGAGCGUUAUGUGCACUCAUGCCACACACACAAUACAAUUGAGAUUGAAUCUGUGUCAUGGUAGCCUUGACCUACAAUGUACAAAACAAAAUAAUUAAAAAAAGCAAGAACAGAAAAUGAUUGGUUCACUAUUUUGCGCUCAAUUAUAUGACAUUUAAUAAGGAACCUGUGACCUUUUUUACAGCAAAUUCAACAAAUAGCAUGCACCUUUUCCAAUUAUCAUUUGAGUCAUGUUUCCUGAGUGUACAUGUUGCUGUGAUAUGACGGAUUAUUCCUUCUCCAUGGCAACAUUGUUUGACGACAUGAAUAGAAGGCUCUCACUGUGGGACAGUAAUUAAAAGCAAGACCCUGAUUUAACCAUUACACAGCUAACGAGUAAAACAAAAAAUGAAUAAGGAGGUUCUCCAAGAUACAUUUUGAUUUUUUUUCAGGCUACGUUUGAGGUUUCUUUGAGGAAACCUAGAAGAACUAUUCUGUUAAACAUGGCAACUGGAGAAUUUGAUCAUCACCUAGGACACUCUUUUGGUGGGAUAUAGGUCCAUUUGUUAUGAAUCUCCCAUUCACAAUAUACUGGUAGAUCCAUUACGUCUUUCUUAGCACCAGUAGUGUUAAUAGGUUUGCCAUGAGAGAGCUUACAAAAAAUAAAUGCAAGAUUAAAAAUGCUGCUCUAAACAAAGUAUUUAUAUCCCUCUCAGCAGUGUAGCUACAAUAAUCUUUUAAUGUUUUAGUAAUUGUAAAAUGCAUUCUCUGCAAAGACCUCUGGAUGUAUAUCUUAUUUCUGUAUCUUCUGGGAACAUCUAACUCUUAGUCUACUUAAAGGGACACUAUAGUCACCCAGACCACUUCAGGUCAAUGAAGUGGUCUGGGUGCCAGGUCCCCUCAGGUUUUAACCCUUCACAUGUAAACAUAGCAGUUUCAGAGAAACUGCUAUAUUUACAUAGCAGGGUUAAUCCAACCUCUAGUUGCUGUCUUCCGGACAGCGUCUAGAGGCGCUUUUGCUGGACUGUUAGAAUGCCGCUAGAGGCGCUUCUGGUGGACUGUUAGAAUGCGCGCGAGGCUCUUGCCGUGCAUGCGCAUUCAGCUCCACACUGGAGCGGACGUCAGCGGGGGAGGAGAGGUCACCAGCGCUGAGGGAGCCCGACGCUGAAUUAAGGUAAGCUGUUGAAGGGGUUUUAACGGGAGGGGGACCUUGAGGGUGAGGGGCCCCCAAGGAUGACAUAAUGUCAGGAAAACGGGUUAGUGAUCCUUUAACCCCUUAAGGACCAAACUUCUGGAAUUAAAGGGAAUCAUGACAUGUCACGCAUGUCAUAUGUCCUUAAGGGGUUAAGCCAGAUUGACCAGACUAUUAUCAUUAUCGAUAUGUUAGAAACAUUUCACACUUUUCACACGGGGAGAAUACAUUCCCAAUUAAAAUUAAGCACUCAACAGACUGUAUAAGAAAAGUGUAAAAAGUUACUUUGCAUUCUUUUUCAAACAUCUGGACUCAUUAUUGAUAAUCCUGUAUUUGCAUGUUUCUGUCCCCCCAGAUUGGUGACCGUGUUAUGGCUUUUGUAAAUUACAAUGCUUGGGCAGAGGUUGCAUGCACUCCCGCUGAGUUUGUAUAUAAGAUUCCGGAGGACAUGACUUUUCCCGAAGCAGCUGCCUUUCCAAUGAACUUUGUUACAGCAUACAUGAUGUUAUUUGAGGUUGCGAAUCUCCGAGAAGGAAUGUCGGUCUUGGUUCACUCUGCUGGUGGUGGAGUCGUAAGUUACUUGCACAUUAUUGUUUGACUCUUUUUAGAAUUGGAAUGACAAUGGUAUAUCAUGUCAAAUAAUGGUUGGAAUUAAUGCACAGAAGUGUGCUAACUGAUUCAAUGCAUUGAAAUUUAGUGAAAAUUAGUUGAAAAACACCCUCAAGCUACACCUUUCUCUAACAUGAUAGACAAACAUAACGUUUUUUGUUUUGUUUGCUUUGUUGUAAUUUGGAGUAACCAAGCACUACCAUUCAAGAAAAUGCUAAAACAAAAUCAUUAAAAUAAAUAAGCUCUCUUUCGAAGCAAACCUUGGAAUAUACAUGCUUCAAGGCUGUAUUUAAUUCUCGAAGUAUAUAUAUCAUGACAUGGCAACCAGAUUCCUACUUCUUUGCACGAUUCUACCGUGUACCCCAUGCUGAUGUUAAAGGCUUUCAUCGUUCAGGCUUGUUAAUGACAACAUUUUCUUCAAACGUUCUGAAAAUGGUACACUCCGUAUUCAUGGGUCCAUGUUAGAAAUAAACAAAAUAAAUCAGUUAUUAUAGUUAUUUACUAAACUGAUAAUUGUCAGAAGUUCAAAGUGAAUUCAACUUUAAGACCAAAAUAUUUAAACAGCAGGAAGCCCUCUCAAAAGUCUUGGUUCCUGUCCUGCCAUCCCCACUUUGUGUGACACCAGAAAACUAAACAGCACUGUCUGUGUGGGUUGCCAUUAGUGUGCAAUCCUGUGUGACAUUUACAGUAGGCUGAUUCACCUAUUGCAUGAGAGGAAUGGGGGGGGGGUGCCCGGGGCAGCAUGUUGACUCCUGGGCCCCUCUUCAUCAUGCAAGAAGACUCAAUUCAAUUCAAUUGAUUCAAUGCAUCUCUAUAAGGAGAUGCUGAUUGGCCAUGGCUUUGUUUGGCUUGUGCUGACUCUGCCCCUGAUCUCCCUCUUUGACAAUCUCAGCAAAUCCAAAGCUUUCCUACGGGAAAGCAUUGUGACUGGCUGAGAUCACCACUUCUGAUGAUGUCAGCUAAGGAGGCAGAACAGGGACAGAGCCAGCACCAGCAGACUGGAAUAAAGGUAACAUUUUACAAUGAUGAGAGGGUAAAGGGGAGGCCAGGGGGGCUAGAUGGUGGGUUUAACUCUAUAGGGUUAGGAAUAGAUGUUGGUGUUCUUGACCCUAUAGUGUUCCUUUAAGGUUCCAGUUGAAAAACAAACUGCAAAAUGUAGUUUAAAAUACUGAAGCUGAUACUGUAUUUGAAAAUAUUUUUUUUCAAUUCACCAAUUGUUUUUUAGCUCAAAGUACAUUUUUCCAUGUAAACAAUCUGUACAGAGCACUUUCAAUUUACAUGCCUCCCAACUCCGAUAUCGAGAGAAUCUGAAUGCCGGUAGGAGGGGUUAAACAGGUGUUUAGGUGGAGUAGUUAGAACAUUCUUCUUUACUUCAUAUUUAGAAAAGAAAAAAGCAUCACUUUCCCUAUUUAUUGGUGGAUUGCACUUUCCAUUACUCUCAGCCAGCAGCAUGUUGAUGAGAGCAGUUAUCCAUCAAGAGCCUGUGAGGUUCAGAUUUCUCUGCCUUUGAUUGGCUUGUUAGUACCAUAGGGCUAAAGUCUUGCUCACGCAGUGCUGUCAGCCUGAUCAUACGUUGCAGCACAGACUGGUGUUUGGUGUCACUGUCCUCUGCAGCGUAUGGCAUUGUUAGAACAGAUAAAUCCCUUGAGACAGAAACCAACCCUUUCUGACGUAAACUAUGAACUCGCAAUGUCAGAUCAUAUAAGAGGUGGCUGCAUCUUAACAUUCUCUAAGGUGCAUUAAAACACUUUCCCUGCAAAACAUUUUCCAGAACCACAGUCAGCGGCAAUAAUUUGGUCUAUGUCUGCCAUGUCCCUUACAGAGAUUCCUGCUCAGUAACAAAACAAGUAUAGAAUGCCAGUUCUGAUCACUCACAUAGAGAGACAUUUUUGCUACUUCUUGCCUUUGGAUGUGGGUAUACGUCUAACGCAAGCAUAUAUCUGUGCAUUGGGUUCACAAGAUGCUAGGGCACAUGACACUCACAUGUUUAUUACAUGAUUGCUGACUGAAUUAGCAUACCAGGAAAUUAAAGUGGUCUGGGUGCAAUGCCCCUAUUGCACUUAUUUCUGCAAUGUAAAACGUUGCAGUUCCACAGAAACUGCAAGGUUUACAUUGCAGCACUAGGUCAGCCUCCAGUAGCUGUCUACCAGACACUUUUGGUCCAGUAACUGAGGCUGGACGUCCUCACACUGUGCAUGAGGACAUCCAGCGUCAGCUAUUGCCCCAUAGGAAAACAUUGAUUCAAUACUUUUCUAUGGGGAGGACUAAUGCGUGAGCGGCACUCGACGCACAUGCACAUUAACGCCCUCUUGUCGAGGUAUGCCAAGGGACAUCGUCGCUGGGAUUAGGUAAGUAAAUAAAAGCUUUUUAACUCUUUAGACACUCAUCACCCUUAAGAUAUUUUUAACCCUUUAUUCACCAUGGCGGGGGUGGUGCGAGGCAAGGGGGUGGGGGGGCAGAGGUAGCUUAGUGCCAGGAAUACGGCUUUAUAUUGGAACUAUAGUAUACCUUCAAAGGUAGUGAUGUGGUAUAGACCGUUUAGGCCAAAAAGAAACCAUAAAAAUGCUUACUAAAGGGCCAAAAUAUAGUUACUGGGUAAAGCAGGGGUUGAAUAGUCCUCUGUUUAUGCUUCUGACAAGUUAUUGUUGGACCAUGACAUUUUUGUGCUUUGUAUACAUUUAUAAAGCAUCCCUAUCCAUAAACUAUCCAGAGCAAAAAAGAAAAUGAAACCAUCUACCAACUAGUCAUAUGGGGCUUGGAUUAACGCAUCUAUUUUCAUGAGUUGCCUUCUAAAAAUGUCAAGUAUACGGAUGAGUGGAAAGAUGAGGUUAGCCCACUUUCUUUGUUAAAGGUCUCUUCUGGUCAGUGUAGCAAUUGAUGGAUAAAUCGAGAUCCCUACUAGGACAACAAUAAUACAAUAUUAUUUAUCUUCAGGGUCAAGCUGUCGCACAGCUCUGCUCAACAGUUCCCAAUGUCAAAGUUUUCGGAACAGCUUCAGCAUUUAAACACGAGGCCAUCAAGACUUCCCUCACUCACCUUUUUGACAGAAACUCUGAUUAUGUCCAAGAAGUGAAACGGUAAGACAUGCAUUGAUGCUGUGAAAUUCCCGUGAAGGUUCUGGGUUCUAGAUCAUCCAUGUGACUAGGCAGUUGCCUUCUAUAUUACUGAAUUCUUUUUUUGUUUCAGGACACAAACGUAGACAAUCACAAAAGUACAUCUUAACCAAAAAAGAUUUUUUUUGUAAUUCAAACUGUAGAGAACCUUCUGCCUUUUAUAAAGGCCACCAGCAUUAUCCAGUUCUGAGAAGACUUGAGCUAAUAGACUUUGCAUUCCAACUAGGGCUGCUUUAUUUGUUUCUUUUUUUUUUGUCGUAUGCAUUACAUAUCAUACCUAAGACCAAGAGCCACGAUGCAGGUCUGGCAAGCUAAAAAGUGCCUUCUUUAUCGGUUUCGACAUUUCAAGUUGUUUAUUAUUCUGGAGUAUAAAAUGGUGCUUCUGACCAGAUGGACUCAGAUUGUUGCUCUUGUAGCGCAAAAGAAAGGAGAUGCACAGGAAAAGGUAGACUCUAGUUACGUGCAUGCAUUAAAAAUGAUAUGCAAAAAGGCUACUCUACAUGUAAUCUUUUAUGUUCAACAAUGGCAAAAAUUAUGACAUCACCGCUUGGAGUGCAGUGGCCCAGUGGUGCAGUAGAGGUGAGCUAUACUUACCAGAUACUUCUGUUCAAUGGUGCUACCAUCUUAGUUCUUCUUCUGCUUGGAACCCACAUCAAUGCUGUAUUCUUGCACACGCACAAGAGUACACCGAGUCUAUGGAGGAUCCCACAAGACUACAGCUGUUGGAAGUGACAAAACUUGACAGUCGUGCCUUUGCAAUUUGUCAAGUUAGGCAUUUAUCAUAAGACAAAAUAGUCUCUACUUUGUCUUAUGAUCUAUUUUGACUUCAUUGGCAUUUCAAUACAAUUUCAAUACUAGUCUUUAUGAGCAUUUCAGAAAGAUUUUAUCUUUAUAAAGUGCUCGACGUGGUUUUGGGGGUGAUAGAGCUGCUUUAAAGGAAUUAGAAUAAUUAGACUUGACCUGUAUUUGCUGACCUGGCUUUGUAAUCCUUUCCUUCUUGAGACAUCAUCAGUCUGCUAUUAGGCACACUUUGAUGGUAGCUGUAUCCAGCGAAAGAGACACGAGAACCUUUAAAUACACCCUGAAUGCUGCUGUUGCUAUGGGUAUCUCUGAAGGCUUUGCUGACAUUGUUUGAUCAUGAAAUGAAAAUUAAUCUUAGUGACCCAGAUACUAGUAGACAUUGCAUUUACAGCUUUUUUUUAUUACCAUACAUGAAAUAAUAUCUUUGCUGUGGAACAUAUUUGCAGAGCAGUGUAGAAAUAUAGUUAGUCCAUAAUGUCUUAAUGUACCUCCCGAGGGUUCCUAUUUAGGAGGGACAGUCCCUCUUAUCUAUCCUAAUGUCCCAUUUUUCAAGGAGCUCUAUAUUGUUGAUGUGUCUGAGUGUAUAUCAGAGCGCCACAUCAAUAUUACUCACUGUAAUGUGUCUUUAAACUACAAUUAAUGUGUUUAGAAAUCAGUCUGUGUAAAUAAGAACAUUGUUUUUGUUCUAAAUUACAUUUUAGUUGUAUAAACCUAUUAGUAAGUCACCUAAAGUUUCUCAGAACAGCCCCGCCACCUGUCACACUCCUAAAAUUAAAAUGUCCCUCUUUAUCCAUUUGGAAUGUUGGGAGGUAUGCUUUUAAUACUCCAGGAAUUAAUUUAAACUUGGAGAGGAACACAUUUCUUUGCUAGAGUCUAAUUCUGACCACUGCAAAUGCGUUGAAAAUUACAGCCUCCCCCUACAUUGUAAAGAAAGCUUGCGAUUAAAACUUUUUAUGGCUUAUUUCUGAAGGGGAAAGGGAUAGUGAGGCCCAUGACGUCACUCAGAGCAGUACAGAAAUCAGUCCACUUCAAUGUAACACUUUUCAAAUGUCUGUAUUUUACUAAUAGAAGUAUGUUUAGGUACGUGGGUCAUAACAGAUCCAGUGUAGGUUGGGUGACUGCAGGGUGCAGGGGGAGGUAUCUUCAUCUUGCUGGUCCUCUUCAACUCCUGGAGCUUCAUUUGCCAGGAGCCUCGUCAUUGCUCUACAUAGGCACAUGAGCAAUAGUACAAUACUGAGUUUGCGGGAGAUUCCACUGAUCGAUGCCUGAAUCUUACUUGUGAAGGCUGCUGGGAUUUGACAAAAGUUGAGAGCGGAGCUCUGCCUUCUGUUAAAUUCUGGCUUUGUCAACCUCUGGUUUGUACUUUGUCUUCUGAUAUCUAUGGAUUGCACUGGAAUUCCAUUGAAAUCAGCCUUGAUCGGUAUUUUUUAUUUUUUUGUCAAGUUUAUUCACCAAAGUGAGUACUCUUAAUAGUAGCUUAACUGGAAAAAACUGUCUAAGACAUCUAUGCUUUCAGUUCAGGUGCUCUGACCUUACAUUUGAAAUGCAGUUUGAAUUCUCAUUUUAGUAAAUACCUCUGUAUAUCUUUAUGAAAUACUAACAGAUCUGCUUUAAGAGUAAAUGGAUAUUGGGCAAAAACAAAAAAAAAAACUAAAAUGUUUACACUUCGUUUUCAUUUUUAGGAAGGAGUGUUGCUCAUAGCUCCAACAGGAUCCUUCCAAAUAUCCUGUCUUUGACUAUUUUAUCCUACAUAUUGUAUACGACAAAAAAUAUUUUUCCUUUAUUUUAAUAUUUUGGACCUUCUAUAAAAUAUUGCAAUGUAAGGGAUGUCAUAGUGUCGUCAUUCUCCUAAUAUUUCUUUAAAUAACUAAAUUACAAAUAAUAUUGUGCAAAUUUACAUCAUUUACAUUUUUAUGUAUGUCCGAACAGCAAUCGUUAACCCUGCUCGUUAAAGAAACAUUAUACUAAUAUUUUUGUUUUUCCAUCAUUUAUUGCAGAAUUUCCCCAGACGGAGUAGACAUUGUUUUGGACUCUUUAUGUGGAGAAAACACUGGAAAAGGAAUUGGGCUUCUUAAGCCUUUGGGAACAUAUAUUUUAUAUGGUAGGUUCUUUGUAACUACAUGUGUAUUUGUAGUUUAGUUCAAUCCAGUAGCUCAGUGAUACCUUUUCUUGCUGUGGACACAAUCAUUUUCUUUAUAAAAGAUCAUGUGACUCACGACUAGUCUUGGUGAUAUUGCCUUUUAUUUUAAUUGUAAUCGCGAAUAAAGAUUGUAUGACAUGAUUUGCCCAUAAUUCUCCCUGAUCAACCAAUAGAAUGACAAGGAAAAUGCAGCACAGGUGCAUAAUUAUACACAUUUGAUUGCACUUGAUGAGUUUCAGGAUAUUUAGGCAAAUACAAAUGCACUUCGGCAGUGCUUAGCAUAUUGGCCUUAUGUCAUGCAUGACUGCUGGAAUCACACCCUCCUCAUCGGCCCCACCUCUCACUAUAUCACACCAUCCAAAGUUGGUUGGUCUGCUCGAGGAUACAGACUAUUUGUAAAAAAUUAUGGCAGUAACAUUGGAUCUAUUGUAUUCCAGGCUGACUUUUUCUACUUUUUAAUGUUUGUUUUAUUUUUAUAAACAUCCCUACCACCAUUUCUGUAUUCCAACAAUGUAGGCCCGAGAACAUUGGUUUAUUGAGUUUGUUUUAUUUUUCAACCAUUUUUUUUCUUUUCUUUUAAUUAAGUAUGUUUUUUUAUAUAUAUUUUAGGCUCAUCCAAUAUGGUCACGGGUGAAACAAAAAGUUUCUUCAGCUUUGCCAAAUCAGUAAGUGUCACUAACAACUUGAACGGGGAAAUCCAAUAUGUAUAAUACACAGAAAAACAAGCCAGGUUACACUCAUUUGAAUAAUCAUGUUAUUUUAUUUUUAGAAUAAAUUAUUUUAUUCACUAAAAAGUAAGGGAUUGUGAGCCGACAAAACAUUUGCAAAAUAGAAUAACUAAAACAUCAUAAUAUGUUCUGUUUAACUCAAUAAGCAUAAUAAGGUUAUACAGGAGAACUGGUAAAUAAGUGUGAUGGAUUAUUGGUGGAACCUCCUUGUUGAUACACUGUGUUUUUGCUUUCUUCAAGUGGUGGCAAGUUGAAAAAGUGAAUCCCAUUAAACUUUAUGAAGAGAAUAAAGUUAUGGCUGGCUUCUCACUGCUAAACCUGCUCUUCAAGCAGAACCGUGCCCCAGUCAUUAAGGGGGUGAUUGAUAAACUUCUGGCCCUUUACAAUGAGAAGAAAAUCAAACCAUUAGUGGAUUCGUUGUGGGCUUUGGAAGAAGUAAGUAGAUUUUGUUUCCCGACUUGUUAUUAAUAUGAAUGAUAAAGGAGUAUGAGUGUUUUAAUUGCUCUCUGUGGAAGGUAAUGUCAAAGAUUCACUCCUGCAAUAUCAUCCAAAUCUAUCCAAAGUUGAAUGUCUAAAGUGUUUUUAUCAGGGUUGAAAUAGCCCACUCAGUUUUUGGUGGGGUUAGCCAACAUUGACCACCUUAAAUAUUGACCCAUUGACUUCAAUAAAAUUUUGCCUGCGUUUUAAAUAAAUACAUUUAUUUAUAGUGCUUGAGUUUUGAAUUGUUGCUAUAAACCCCUGUUCUCCUAACAUGAAGUUUACUUACUUCAAUUCCAGGGAAGAGAGGGUUACCAUUCUGUCAACAAGAUCAGCAAUAGUAAGCAUGGAAGCUCACACGCAAAUACAAAGCCUCUCCUAGUGAAGCAUUUUGGUCAUAUGGCACUUGUGUGACAAUCAUUGCACUUGAACAGAAAAUGCUUCUCUUGAAAUUGGCACUUUAUAAAGUAAGACGGAUAAGGAGGUAGAAGACAGUAUUUAAGUUUGCGGGAUAUUUGCAUAUUUCGCAAAGACCCCCACAACAGAAAGAUCUUGUGUGGAUUUAGUGGCCGCGUGGGGUUCAGGGUAGGUGUGUUUUAUUUACCUCUGGCUAUCCUUAGUGGUAGCCGCCAUCUUAAUGCUACAGGUCUGUUGGACUUGUGCUUCAGCUGCAAGGAGCUGCACGAGUACACCACUGAGGUCUCUGAAGAUUCCCGCAUUACCGUAGAAAAAUCUUGAAUCCAACAGCCGUCAUUUGUAAUGGCUGCUGGGAUUGGGCAACAGUUGGUGAUAGAGCUUCUCCUUUGGUCAACUUUUGUUAAUAUCAUCCUUACUAUUAGACAAAGUAGUUCCUACUUUGUUUUAUUGAUAUUUUUGGGUUGCAUUGGAAUUUGUGAAAUUCCAACACAGUAUUUCAUAAAGAUGUUGUCUAUAUUAAAUACUGAAACGUGACAGAUGCUCUUUAAAUCCUAACGCACUUCAACAACCUGGCGUGUUUUAUGGGUUUCCUGUAAGUGAUUAUAGUCUCCUUUGAAUUUAUGUUGGUGAUGCAUUUUUUUAGUUGAGGUCCUUCUGACCUACAUAAAUCUGAGGCAGUUCUAACUUAGUAGAAACUAAUUAUUGAGGGCUAUAUUUACACUAGAUCUAAAUUUAGCAUUUGAGUGUGGGCCUCCCACUACUUGCUUAGUAGUAUUGCUUCAUCCCAACACUGCUGAUACAUCCGGCAUGUAAUAUUAAGCCAAUUAACUGAGAAUAUGCUUACCAAUGAAGAGAGUACUAGAGGGUAGUUGAUGAGUAGUACAGUUCUCGUAGAAAAGACCUGAAAGGGUCAAAAAGUUAUCAUCUUGAAAUCUAGCUGUUAAUGCCAGAGCAGAACAUUCUAUGACGGAACAGGGUAUGUAAAGACUAUCAUGAAGAUGGCAUGGUCAAUAACAGGUCUAAAAAGGAUUAAUGUCCUUCACCUUAGUGAAAUAAAUCUUCAAGAUUCAGAUUAUUAUUUAUUUAAUAUGAGUGCAGUUACCAUAAUAAGGGCUUGUAGCCCUUCAAAAGAGUAGACAUUUUCCUUUCAGCCAACUCGGCAACAUUUUAACAUCUCUGUAUCUUUAUCAAGCCAGACACGAAAGUGUCAAAUGUUGCCACGUUUUGUGGACAGAGAAUAAACUUCACUAAAUCCAUGUAAGGUAGUAUUUUUGUGAUAUGCAGACAAUGAUGUGCUACAUAUACUUAUACGCUAAUAAUGCUCUCUCCCCAUGCUCAAGGUUAAAGAAGCAAUGCAGAGAAUUCACGACAGAGGUAACAUUGGAAAGCUUAUCCUGGAUGUGGAGAAGACUCCAACCCCACUGGUUCGUUUAAAAAAACAAAAAAACAAGUAUUUCAGUUGUCACACUGUGGCAGAACCAGAGCAUGCUAAUUGUGUGCCAGCAAAUAGCCUUAGUAAGUGGUUGUAACGGCACUGCCAGGCGUAAAAGGGGUUUAACCGCCGUUAAGAAGAUCUUCCCCUUCCAGAGACACAGGCACAGCUACCGCAGAACCCCAAACUCCCGAACAGGAUACAAAGUAGCAUUCCAAACUCCCGAACUCGAACCUCACAAAUAGCUGCUAGCAGCUGAACAGGAAAAGCACCCAAGCGGCUUACACUCCUCGCAAUCAGUCUAUAACAGCACACAGUAAAUCCCCCAAGAACGAGACAAAGCUCCGUGUUGAGGGUCAAGCAGUGAACAGACUGAGCUGUGUCUUUAUUGGCCUUAUAUACACAUUUUACAGACAAAGUCUCACCAACAGGGUUUUGUGGAACAUCCAAUCAAAACAUACAACACAGAUACACACUCCCACAAUGACAUCACAAUCUAUCCUCUCUAUCCUUGAGAUAAUUCGGAAGUAAUCCAAUUAUCUCCAAGGACAGAGGCAAAACUCCGUCAAGCACAAAAAAAUACAGUAAAAUACAAUGAAAUACACAAAGUUACAUUUAUUACAUAAAAUACAGACAUGCAACAUAUCCCCAGAUAGCUUAAGUCUGAGCACACAUUAUUACUGAAUGGCGCUUAGACCACACACAUACAGUUCAAUUGCCAUGGAGCCAAAGUCUUUUAUUACACGAAUAGGCUCCAUGGCAUAGCUAUCUGGGUUAAAUGUGUUCAUUCAGUAAAUCCGAGAAUCUACCGAACGCCAGGGCAGAAAAACAUGAAUAGAACUUUCUGCAUAGGAAAAUAAAGUAUUUAAAUGCAGGUCCAUAGUCAAAAUGCAACAGGCAGGCAACUAGGCUCCUCCAAUGCACAGUGGCGAGAUUGGUCUCGUCACUGUGGUCAUGCCCAUUGUUGGGCUAAUUGUUCGGCCUCGAUUGGACAAAGGGUGUUACUCUUCUUCAGGCUUUUUUGAUCUUAGACAUCACAUUCAGACUAAUUAGACAAUGGCCACUGCAUUCACUGGACUAUUUGCUUGGUGGCAAUAUUCUUCAUUAGACUGGUUAGAGAGUGGUAAUGCCAUUCACUGGGCCAUUGCCAUGUGACCAUAUCCUUCACCAGGCUGGUUUCCCAGUAGCCAUAAUGCUCAUCAGACAGCUAGCCAAAAGGCCAUAGCUUUCACUAGAAUGGCUGCCCAGUGGCCAUACAUUUUAUCAGGCUGGUUGACAUAUGAUAACACAAAACAUGCCAUCCCCUGUGCACUGAUUGACAGCCCAUAAAAAAAUCCUUAUAUUCACAGGCUAUGCCGUCUCUGUGCGGACAGUUUGUCUUUGUAAUAUUAUUUAUAAAACCCACACAUGGUUAGUGUUUGCAAACAAAUUGCCUAUUUUGCAAGUAAACCUCCUGUUACAGUGUUUACAGAACAUCCAGCCUUGUACAAACUGGAACACUGACCAUUAAAGAGUCUCUGUUGUUUUACCGUGCACCACUAUGUUCUCCACUGGACUCCAAAUACACUGAUUUUUUUUUUUCUUUGGCAAACGAAGCAUCCGGGAGUAGUUUUCCAAAAGAUUACCCAAUGCUCAUGUGGAUAAAAUAUGCUUUUGUUUACAGACUUUGAGACAUCAGUGCCAUUUAUGUUCAUCGUUAGAGCAAUUAGUGUAACUUCUAAAAGUAAAUGUUGCCAGCUUUUAAUAUCAGAGAUGUUUACAGUAACAUAUCAGAUAUUGUUGCUCAGUGACAUCAUGGUCAAAGCUUGCUUAAAUAUGUCAUGAUUUAUUAAUCACUACAUCUGGGUGCCUGAACUGUUUUUGGCCUGUAAUCCUGGUGUGAGUAAGGUGACUGACAGCUGUCUUCUGCCAGUAGAAGUAACUUGUCGCCAGACCUGGUUUUGGAAGUGAGCGUUUGUGUAGGUCAAGAUGGCGAACAGACGACAGCAAAAUCUGAAUUUUAGUGCAUACACUGUCCAGCCACAACAUUAAAACCAUCUGCCUAAUAUAGUGUAGGUCCCCCUCUUGCUUCCAAAACAGCUCUAAUGUAUUGAGGCAUGUUAUCUGUGGUAUCUGACACCAAGAUAUCAGUAGCAGAUUCUUUAAGUCCUGCAAGUUGCGACGUCAAGCCUCCAUGGAUCAGAUUGGUGUUCCAGCACAUCUCACAGACAGGGCCAGAUAAAGAGCUAAUUGGGUCUGAUGCUAGAAAUUAUAAUGGACCUAAUUACAGAAUCUUAGUGAAUAUACCAAAAGGUGGACAUGCCACAGUUAGAGAGACAGAAGCAGUAAGAACAUUUGCACAGUGCUCAAAGUCAGCUUUACCAUAACUAAUUUAUAGUCAACCAGUCCACUCAAGAUUUGUCCCCCUGCAUCCCUCCUAUGUUCAAAUACUAUAUAUUGUUGGGCCUAUUCCAUGGACCUGGGCCUGGAGCUUCAGCUCCAUUAACCCCUACGUUAAUCCGGCCCUGCGCACAGAUUGAGAUCCGGAGAAUUUGGAAGCCUAGGCAACUCCUUGAAAUCUUUGUCAUGUUCCUCAAACCAUUCCUGACCAAUUCUUGCAGUGUGGCAACAUUAUCCUGGGGAAAGAGGCCCCUGCCAUCAGGGAACACCAUUGCCAUGGAUAGGUAUACAUGGUCAGCAACAAUUUUUAGCUAGGUGGUGUCAAAGUAGCAUCUACAUGAAUGCCAGGAUCCAAGGUUUCCCAGCAGAACAUUGCCCAGAGUAUAACACUGCUGCUGCUUAACAGCCUUCUUCCCAUAGUGGAUCCUGACAUCUCUAUCCCAGGUAAACUAUGCACACGCACCAGGCCAUCCACCUGAUAUAAAAGAAAACGUGAUUCAUCAGGCCAGGCAACCUUCUACCAUGGUUCAGUUCUUAUGUUCAUGUCCUCAUUGGCAGUGGACAGGGUACAUCAUGGGCACUCUGACCAGUCUGCCGCUUUACCACCCUUUACACAGCAAACUGGGACUGCACUGUGUGUUCAGACACCUGACAUUUAAUUCAGCAAUUUGAGCUACUCUUCUGUAUGAUCAGACCACAUGGGCUAGACUUCACUCCCCAUGUGCAUCAGUGAGCCCUGGGCACCCAUUACCUUGAUGAAUAUUAAUUGCACCAUUUUUUUGGACAAAUCACUGCAUACUGUUCUGGACCAAACCAAGUGUUUGUCUGAAUAUCUGCCCCUGUCCAAAUUGUUUGAAAUAAGAUGCGUGCACGCUGAAGUAAAUCACACUGACAACAAGUUUCAGAUGAAUGAAAAACUUCAGAAUGUUUACUUAUAAAGGCAGAAAUACAUCAUAUGCAAAAUAUGGAAGCACGUGAAAAGUACAUUUUAAUUGGUAUUUGUUUAAGUGUUUUAUCUUGAUGGACUUCCUACAGGGUGUGAGGUCAUCGGCAUCCUGGGUGCAUUACAUUAAAUUCUUUAGUCAAUGGGAGGGGGUGCUCUAGGGGCCAUUUUGAAUAGUUAAUAAAAGCACAGAUGCAUAUAGUAAAUAGACAUUUUACUAACAUUAAUUUCUAUCCAUCACAGUGGCUGUAGUUAGGAGAACUUGGAAGGGACCAUCAUAUCUAAGCUCAAGAGAGUGUUUUCUCACAAAUCACCAGGCAGCAAUCGAUGGGUACUUGUAUCAGUCUCGGGUUCUGGAAUGGAAGAGAACAUGUGGGCAUGGAUUUUGGUCAACGCACGAGAGAGAGCAGAAACAUAGUCAACCAAUACCUCAGAGUGGAGCUGAAGUUGUUGGGGGAAAUAGCAUCAAAGUCUAGGUGCUGAUCCAAACAGAAUCUCAUAAGGGGAUAAAGCAAACCUCCCUCUUGGUGUGUAUCUUACACUUAACAGAGCAAUAGGGAGACUCUCAGGCCAUGAGAGAUUAGUUUCUUGGGCCAUUUUCAACGUUCUAGCUUUUAGGGUGCCUUGCCAAUACUCUGGGGGUGAUAGAGUGUGUGGAAUUAAAGGGUUACCCCCAGUGCUGCCCAGAUUUCCUUGGUUACUGAUGAUGUGAUCCCUGAUCACUUUCUAUUACUUCGAGGACUCCAUAUCUGCAUAUCACUUCGGUAAGCAGACGCUUGGCUGUGGUUUUGGCUGUCAUAUUGGUGACUGGGUAGGCUUCUGGCCAUCCUGAGAACAUGUUGCCCCUUUCUGUUUCCAGCUUUGAAUUUCUUCAGUAUCAGCAGCUGCUUGUUGUUCCUUCAGGAGCUUGAGGUCUGUGGGUAGAUUCUGCAUGGUGAAUAUGGGGACUACUUUGGCGGACACUCUUCUGUCCACUUCCCGUGGUGCACACGCAGCUUGCUUAGCGGCUUGAUCAGCUAGAUGGUUGCCUUGUGCUUCAUCAGAGUUCAGUUUCCCAUGAGCCUUUACUUUGAGUAUGGCCACUUCUUCAGGGAGGAGUAGGGCAUCCAUCAGCUCCUUGAUAGCCGUGCCGUGUUUGACCGGUUUACCAGUUGCUGUGAGAAAUCCUCUUGUCUUCCAGAUUAGUCCAAAGUCAUGGGCCACAGCUAAUGCAUAUCUUUAGUCAGUGUAGAUAUUGGCAUGUUUUCCUUCAGAGAUCCUGCAUGCUGUGGUGAGAGCCUGUAGUUCGGCUUCUUGUGCAGACAUGGAUGAGGGGAGUGAGGAUGCUUGAAGUACUUCAUCCACUGUGGUGACCGCAAAUCCAGUAUGAUAUCUUCCUUGUUCAUCAGCAUAUCUGGAGCCAUCCACAAACAGGGUGAGGUCAGGUUCUUGUAGAGCAGCAUCGUGUACAGUUGGGAGAUGUGUUGUCUUCAUCUGUUCAAAACAAUCAUGAGGUGGAUUUGGAUCAUGUUCUCUAGGAGGGAUUAUGGUACAUGCAGCUUCUGCAUGGAAUUGGGGAUAGCCAAUUACUCUCCAAUGCAAGAUCUGUUUAAUGAUACCUUUCUCAGAGAGCUGGGUCUGGUCUUCAGAGCUCCACAAUUUUGCCAUAGAGCCAAGAUCUUUCCAUGAGUUCUGAGGGGACUUUAUUAUAGAGAUGUGUGGGAUAGUUGUGCCCCAGUGAUGAUACAGGUGAGUAGCUUCUGGAGGUAGGUGACUUGGACCAUGCUGUUGCCCUUGGGAAUCACAGAACAGGUCAGUUAUGAUGAAUGCCAAUGACAAACAUCUCUGUAAGGAGACAUUGUCUGGUAGGAGUAGAAAACAUUGCAAUCGGAGGUGGCGUGCAGAAGAGAGAUGCUUGAGUUGGAUUUGCUUGAGGAUAGCAGCAAUGUCAUGAGGAGCAAGGAUGACAAGAGGAUGGCCAAGCACUAAGUCAUUGGUUUUGUUAAUAAGAGCAUGCACAGCAAAAACAGCUCUGAGGCAGGAGGAACCACCUCUUGCUACAGCAUCCAGUUGGCAGGAGAAGAAUCCAGUGGGGCAUAGGCGUGAGCCAUGGUACUGAGUGAGAACUCCAGUAGCAUGUCAGUUUCUUUCAGACAUGAACAACCUAAAGUCUUUCUUGUAGUUAGGAAGGCCCAGGGCUGGUGCAGAGAAGACAUCACGUUUCAAGGCAUGGAAACAGGAGAGAGCCUCGGGAGACAGGUAAAAAGGUUCAGUCUUGAGGGCAUCAUAGAGAGGUUGCGUGAGGAUGGAGGCUUCUGUUAUCCAGGCUCUGCAGUAGGAGAUUAGGCCCAGGAAAGCAUGGAGGGGUUUAUGUGCUGUUGGUGGAGGAAUAGCCAUGAUGGGUAACUAGCAGCAGGAUGAGGUGGUCUCCCAUCCUGCAGGAACUGUCUAGGGGCCUUUGGGGCAGUACACUCCCUUCUGAAAUGACCCAGUUGUCCACAAUUGAAACAAUUUUGAUGUUGCGGCAUAGUGGGCUGACCUAUAGGUAGGCCAGGUGGCUGAGUCAUAGGUAGGCCUGGAGGGAGGGGCACAGGACGGGAGAACAUGAGGGGGGCUGGCUUCCUGGGUGGGGGUGGUUAGCAACUAACAGUAGGAUGUCCAGAGGAAUUACUCUCUACUUUGGGGUGGGACAGAAUCAGGCCCUUGCGUAUGGACUCUUUAAGGCCUGCUACGAAGGCCGCAGACAGCAUUUGGGUAUGGACCUUAUUGGACAUACUGAAACCCAGAUCAGAGAAGACUUCAGCCAACCUAUUUGUCCACAGAUUCUGACUUAUCUUGGGUGAUAUCGUUAAUGUAGGUAGCCUGAACAGCUCAUUUAUAUGAGGCCCAAUUACGGAGCUACUCACAGAAUUCAAUGCCUGAGGGAAAAUCAUAUUCGCUAGAGAGUCGGGCACUAGAUACACUCUUCUCCAUAAUGGGCCAAUAAGCAUCCCCUGCUUUUAUUUCGCACAUACUAAAUAAGUCACGCCAUGCGGCAGAGUAGGUCUUUUGGAUUUGGACAAUCCUUCAGUAAAAUGACAUGGGUUGUUUCUCUGGGUCGGGUAGAGAGCCCACCAGGAUUGCAGUUUGGGACGGAUUAAAUGAGACGUACAUCAAAGGGGCACCGUCCGUGAGAAACUGGACUUUAGCAUUCUCAACAUGUAGGACUUUGGAAUUUCCAUUAUGAGGUUGUGAAGAACUGCCCCCCAAUAUGCUACCGUUCUCCUGAUACCCAUGGGACUUAGCGGCUUCAGAGGAGUUAGGGGCCGGCCUGUGGCGCUUCGUUGGUAAUAGGCGUAGGGGAAGGUCGGAAGGGUUUUCGGAAGGAGGUGUUGGGUGUGAGAACAUGGAAUGGAAUCUAGCGGUUCAUUUGCAAAGAUGGGCAUAACAGGGGUAGGCAUAACGGGAGCGGCCAUGACAGGGGUGGGGAAGGAAGUGGCGGCCACGACGGGAGCGGGGAAGGAAGUGGUAACAGGGGCAUGGAAGUGGCGGGAAGGGAAGGUGUUACAGGGGUGGAGACGGAAGGGGCGGAAAGGUAAGGUGUAACAGAGGCGGGGAUGGAAGGGGCAGGAAGGGAAGGUGUAACAGGGAUGGAGACAGAGAGGGGCAAGAAGGGAAGGUGUGACAGGGAUGGGGAAAUAGUAUGAACCAUCCUCCCUAAGGACGGGAUAGACACGGGUGGGGGCCAGGGAAGUGAUGACUGUGGACACUGGUAAUUGGGUGGAGGUCAUGAAGACUGGGCCAGCCUCCUUCCCUUCGCGCCAGGCGCCAUUAUAGGGUGGUGGCUGGCAAGGGGCUUCAACAUCACCUUCAGUAUUACAAUUUCCUUCAUGAGAGACAUGCAAUCUCUGAUCACCUAGAUCUAUUUCUUCCUCCACCCACCCUUCCUGGUGAAUUGCUCUGGCAACUCUAAACCAGGCUUCUGCUGUCUUUACUAGAUUAUUGUCCUGCAAUAUUCCCUUUUUCUCUUUUAGCAGCCUACGCCAGCCUUCUGGCUGCAGCCAUCCGCUGGAAGACAUAUUAAUGCCACAUAACUUAGCUAUCUUCUUCUCCUUCCCCACUGCCUCUUCACUUUCCCUUUCUCUAACUAUAUCAGAAGCUAACCAACCCUUAGUGGGUUUUGCAUGCUUCUGUCCCAUCCUCUCUAUAUAAGUCAUCACAAGAUAGAGUCAAACAGGAAAAAGGAGCGUCUACAGUGCUCGACUGCCACGGAGGUUGUCACUGCGUGCGUCUUCCCAAAACGUAGACUAGUCACUAGGUCUGCCCACCCGAGGUGGCGGCAGGCCAGAGCGUGGCUAGAAGUGUGUGACCAAACACUUCUCUUAUCAGAGUAGAAGAGGAAAGCAACAAGACAUAGACUUACACGUUACAUUUUACACUCAUUGCAAACAAAAAAACAUAUAAACCAGAAACCCAAAACUCAAACCACAAAACCCUUUGUGUCUAUCAACAGCAAGACUAGACUAGAAAUAAUACAACUGCCCUUCGCAAUGCCGUGUGCUUACUGCACUACAGCUGUACCUUGCUGAAGUUUAACCCCGCCGCGUGCUUACUGCGCUGCGGAGGACAACAAAACAAUCCCCACUGUGAGCUCACUGCGCUGCUGCGGAAAACAAAACAAUAAUCCCCGUGAAACUCCCCCCCAUGCUCUAUCCUCCCCUUAUGCAAAACACAUUCACACCCAGGAGGCAGAUAGUCAAUAUACAAGUUCUAUAUAAAGGGACUCCGGGCAAGCUAUUUACCGGUCUUUGGUGCCGUCCAGCAGCCGACACAUGGAGACAGGCCAAUCACAGGGACAGGAUAUAUAGGCAAGGCAGUCAUUACCGUAUCAUUCAGAGUUGAUCAGUCUCCGUCCCGUCACUGCAGGUCUGCCCCAGUGUCUUCUAGGAUGGCUGUCCGUGGAAGGGUCACAACCUGGAGCCCCUCGUUGGGUGCCAAAUGUUCUGGACCAAACCAAGUGUUUGUUUGAAUAUCUGCCCCUGUGCAAAUUGUUUGAAAUAAGGUGCGUGCACGCUGAAGUAAAUCACACUGACAAGUUUCAGAUGAAUUAAAAACUUCGGAAUGUUUACUUAGGGGGGCGGUAAGCCCCUUAUAAAGGCAGAAUUACAUCAUAUGCAAAAUAUGGGAGGACAUGAAAUGUACAUUUUAAUUGGUAUUUGUUUAAGUGUUUUAUCUUGAUGGACUUCCUACAGGGUGUGAGGUCAUUGGCAUCCUGGGUGCAGCUCUGGAUGGAGACGCCAUCUUAUUACAUGAAAUUCUUUAGUCGAUGGGAGGGGGUGCUAUAGUGGCCAUUUUGAGUAGUUAAUAAAAGCACAGAUGCACAUAGUAAACAGACAUUUUACUAACAUUAAUUUCUAUCCAUCACACUAGGACCAGCCUACAAGUUUUGGAGAUGCUCUCAAUCAUCUAGCCAUCACUAUUUGGUCAUUGUCAGAGUCUUUUUGUUUGCCAUUUUUCUGUUUCCAACACAUGAAAUUCAAUAGCUGAGUGCUCACUUGCUGCCUAAUAUUUCCCACCCCUUGACAGGUGCCAUUGUAACUAAAACCACUGACAGCUGAAGUGAAUAACACUGAUUAUUUAAUUUUGUGGUUGAAUAGUGCAUAUAGUCAGAAACAAUACAAGCUAAGCUGGAAACACACAGUUUUGCGCCGCUGUCCAAAUUUGUUCUAAUAGUGACAGGAAAAGAAAAACAAAUAUGAAGUGUAUCCCACCUUGUCCAUUCUUUUGGAUCUCCAGGGUUCUGGAUUUCUUGUUCCACAAUCAGGUAACAAAUUAAGCAAAAAGUGUUGAUCCGUGCUCAUGUAGCAUCCGACAACCGCUGAAGAAGCUUAGAUAGUAGACACGAUAUGCAUCAAGGUUUCCUCUAGUUUUGUAGUCCCCCUCUUCAUGUCACAACACCUUCUUUGCUCUUCAUGUCACAUUUGUCUCCAUCGAUGUGGUCUAAUAUAGGUCAUGUAUGAUUUUUCUUUUGACUAAAGAAUCACCUUUCAUAUAACUUCCCCGUGAAGUGUUGUUGUAAUGCUACUAGAGUACACUUCAAGUCUUUUUGCAAAAUUAGCCAGAAUUUGAGAAGCAGGAAGAGGAACAAGAGUGAAGUCUGACCAAACAGCUCAAAUCCUGGACAGAGGAUGAUACAAGUAUUGGUCAAUUACAGAGUUAUUCACCAAAGUGAGAAUUGUAGGUGAAUUCAAAGUGAAGUUUAGAUUUAAGGUCAAUAUAGCUAAACUGAAAAAAUUAUCUGAAUUACCUAUGCGUUCAUUUUGGCUACUUUGGUAUAAAUUUGAAAUUCUAUUUGAAUUCUCACCUUAGUGAAUAACCCUGGUAAAGAACACGAAUAGCCAAGUCCAGAGCAUAUACAUCUAGCCAGGCUUCAUAUAUAGAAAUCAGAAAAAAUGUCCAUCACUAUAUGGUAGAGCAAAGUGGGCUGCAAACUAACAGAACCACGUCAUCCUGGUGCCACAAGGUGGAGUCUCAGCGACCCCCUAAUUUAGGUGUAAUAACAAGAAUACCAUCUCACGACAGUGGUAUUGCCUCAUAAAUUUACCAACAAAACAUGGGCAACGUUUGCUCUUUAUUUUGAAAAAAACCCAAGAGUGUAAUGCACACACUAAAAAGUGGGGGAUACUCCCUGCAGGGUGCUCCAGAAAGGGAGGGCAAAUCCCUGAAGACAUCAAAUGGAAGAAAAAGAUCCAGGCAUACCUGAGGUUUCUUCUAAAAUGCAGUCUUGUUUAAAAAAAAAAAAAAGGAAGUGGAGAUCUUAUCAAGUCUAAUAAAAAGAGGAGCCGAAACGUUGUCUUCACUUACUUGUUUCAAAUAAAAAAAAGACUACCUUUUAGAAGAAAGCUCAGGUGUGCCUGGGUCUUUAAUUUCUUCCAUCUGUUUAAUCUUUCGGCAUGUUUUAUCAUCCAGUGAUGUCAUAUGAACAUAUUCAAUUCUUUUUAGAUGGCCAAUGACAGCACAGAAACCAGUGAGGCGGGGGAAGAGGAAGAAGAUCACGAGGGGGACACGGAAAACAAGGAGCGGAUGCCUUUCAUCCAGUGAUGGCAUGCACAGAUGUUCAGAGGAAGGCUUACAAGACGGAAAGUUCCAUUCUGUGCAUCAGUGAACAAUGUUGCUGUAGUACAGUGUGUGUUGUAUUUGUCUGCAGUCUGCUGAGCUAUAAGCCGUUGAACAAUGUUGUCUACACUGUGGCAAAUAAUGCCCAUUUUGCAAUCUUUAGUUGAGUUGGCAUUUUGUGGAACUGGAUUGCAAUAGCUUUAUCAAGCUGAUCCCAGAAGACCCAUUAUGUUUUAAAUGGAGCUUUUAACUUCUUUGCAAACAGUUUGGGAUGAAACAUUAGCUGUUCUGAUUAGUGACAUUCAAGCUGUGUAGCAAGAGAGUUAAAUGUCUGCCUUGCUAUGCACUGCUCCUCUGUAGCAAAGGGUUAAAAAAAAAAAACUCAUGCCAAGUACAUUAGCUAAAAGUUGCCAAAAAAGCAGGACUGCCACCGUAACUCAAGUGCCAAUCCCUUUUUUUAGUAUUACGUGCCAUCUGUUGCAAGCUAAACACUUAACCUCCUAUCACAUGCUCAGCAUUAUCCCUUUGAAAGGGUUUACUUCUUUUAGAAAGCCUUAUGACAUUGCUCUGCAAUUUAGCAAAUCGGGCUGAGAGCCCUUCCCUUCCCUUUUUUUUUUUAAAGAACAAAAGACAAACAUUUAUUGAUCAGUUAACAGAAUCUACACUUUACAAAUAAAUGAAAAAUGAAAUAUUUAUAUACAAUUUUAUCUUCUGCCAUGAAACAUGAAGAUACCUCAUUUGCGUAAAAAAAAUAAAAUAUAUAUAUAAAAUUACGGAGCAGGAAAUACUCAAAGCUUUAGAUCUUGUUUCACAGUUGAUAUAUAGUUUUUAUUAAUUCUAGUUGUUUGUAAACCCAUCUGCAGUAUUUGGACCACUGGUAAAAUUAGAAGAGACAAGAUGUUUUUAUAUUAAGGCUACAAACUGCAGCCAAAUAUUGAUCGUGACUAUUUGCUGUAAUACUCGACCAACAGGAAAUGUUCUGUCUCAAUCGGGCCACUUUAGCAUCUCAAGAAGACCAUUCUUCAGAGCAGUGAGAUUGGCAGUAUCAGAUGUACAUCCAAAUGGCUUAAAACUAAAUUAUUCAGAUCAUUUCAAAUUGCCUAAAAAUGAGCUAUUGAAAACCUCAUGAUGAGUUAUGUAUAUGUUAGAGACAACAGUUAAUUAUUUCACUUAGACACUUGGCCCUGGCAGCUAAUUUAUUUUAAGAGGACAAAACUAUCAAGCAAAAUUAAUGAGGGCAAAUAUUUGUAUAAAAGGAUAUUCUGUUUGCAGCCAAUAUUAAUACGUAAUUAGACACCUAUCAGUAUUCACUAAAAUGGUUGUUAUGGAGAACCAACAAUGGGAUUAAAAAUGUGAAGCCAAAAUAAACCACAAUUGACCCAUUUUCUCAACCACCCACAUUUUUGAUAGAUGAAGACCUUAUCAUAAAUACAUAUCAUUAUGUGCCUGGCAGAAGCCAUCUUGUUUUCAUGACAGGCUACAGAGAUGAAACACUUAAAAGAAAUAAAAGUAUUAGCAAGGUGGUGUGAGGUCUACCUCAUGUCUUCUGGGUCCAAGUUAAUGCAUCCAAAGCCUGCCAUAAAAAGCUGCAUGGUGUGAUAGUUGAUCCCAGUUGAUGACAAAACCACCAUCAAACCCACUUCCAUGUUAAUUACACCAACUUAUUUUGAGCUGGUAUAAUAUACUAUUUUUUUAAAUUCCAAUUUAUGUGGAAAAGAACGCAUCAUUUAUGACCAUUUGAUAAAUCUGGACAAAAGAAUGAAUUUAUUAUUGAGUAGAGCUGUCAUUAUUCUGCCCACUGUUCAUGUCAGUCAUUACAAUUCUCCAAGUACUUUCUCACCCCAUAAUGUAAGUUAGUUUUAUUUUUGGUUUUCCGCUAAGUGGAUGGUAUAAAUUUAUGUGAAUCCUAAGAACACUUGUUAUUGCUUUUUGAACAGAGCUUCUGAUUUUCCUGUGGUAUAUUUGUCUUAGCUCUAAAAAUGAUGCUUUAUGUUACUGUCGUGAAGUAUUAAUGUAGUUCAAGGUUUUUUAAUGUCAUGAAGUUCCUAAAGGACUGAAACCACACACACACAAAAAAAAGAUACACUAGCUUCUCAAAUACCUUUCAAUUACUGGCUGUGACGUGUUUAAUAUUCACAGUCCACUUAUAAAAGGAAAUAUAGAGAAUUUUAAAAUUAUAUUUACCUAGACACUCAUCCAGUUUCUACUGCCAUCCACAGUUCGGUCAGCGCAGUAGCAAUUUGGUGAUCAACAGAAGUCAAAAUGGGGUAUAACAAUCCCAUCUUUCCUGGCUGUUAGUGCAUUGAUUAAUAGACUAUUCACACUAUGUAAGUUCAUCAUCGUAUCUGAGAUUUUCACCUGUUUAUCUGUCUGGAGAGCAAUUCUUUUAUCUCCUUCAGGGAAAGAAACAAGACAGCCCCAGGCAUAAAAUUGGUUCAGAAAAUCUGUAAAGCAAUUCUAAACAGGAAGUGUUGGGAUAAAUGUGAGCAGGGUUUUAUGCUACUUCAGGCAUAGAAAACAGAUUAUCGACUUGAAAACCAAAUUAAAUGGUCAGCUUUCAUUAUUAUGGAACUGGCAUGGAGAAAUGUAUAUGCUCACUUACAUUAGACCACUAGGGACAGAGGACAAAGUAGCAGAAUAAUUUGGUCUAAUGAGAUAUGUAUCUUGCUGCAUCUCUGCACCUGGACUACACUAGCUAUGCCACUAUUUGCACACACAAUUUACAGUGAAAAUACAAAUGGUUUUAGCCCUUUAGCAGUUUCACUUAAAAUUGCUUCUCUCUCUAAUUGCUGUAUAUUUUACUGUAGAGGUGGAAAGUGGAUCACUGCAAAAAACUAUGCUGUCGUAUUGGGGACACUGAUGAAAAUUAGCUUACAAAUGAAGUUUCCAAUGGUAGCGUAGCAGGAUGUUACUUCCAAACUAUCCAACUCUUAAUACAUUUACCUUUUAUGUCAAAUAGCCAUCAUCAACAAAGCUUAAAGCAUUUCACUUACCUUUAAUUGCUCUUGCUUGACAAACUACACCAUUGUUCACAGGACAAAAAUACAUGGACUACUACGAAAAUUCCAAAUGGUGCGUUUUUGAGUGUAUUUGAACACUAACCCUUGUGUAGCAGAAUUGUGGUUAAGUAAUAUGUUUAUCACAGGUUUCGACACCCAAUUCCUAAUUUUUUGCCUUAAUUAUAUUGUACAAUCUGAAACUGGAUCCAACGUUAACUGGUGCGAGACAUUGUUUGAUUGUGUUUGUUGCUAUAGAGCUUUUGUUACCUUGUGCCUACGAACCUGUUUACAUUAAAAAGUAACAUAUGUAAGUAAAAUUAUGAGCAUAAACAAUAGCAGUGGUUUUUUUUCCCCAAUUGUUGUCCAUUGUCUGCCAUUUUUACUGGAAAGUUUAAAAACAUAUACAUUAAAAAUUGUGUGGUACAGUGGUGAUUUUAAGCAAAUGCUGAUGGUGAAUAUACUGUAAUACUCAAGGUACGCUGCCUUUAUCAUGUCACUACAUAGCUUCUUGUCUUGUAACAAG